AUUAUUACAAGUGAUGUAAGCCGUUAAACAAUUCACGGAAGUGUUCGGCCAUGAAAUUAUUUGCGAAAUAGUUUUUGAAAGUAAUCAACAAAAAUGUCGGGUAAUAUCGGCAUGGAGCAGCUUAUUCCUAUAGUGAAUAGGUUGCAGGAUGCAUUUGCCACCCUCGGAGUUCCAAUUUCACUUGAUCUACCUCAGAUUGCCGUCGUGGGUUCACAAAGUGCUGGAAAAAGUUCGGUGCUAGAAAAUUUCGUUGGACGGGAUUUUCUACCAAGAGGAAGUGGUAUUGUGACCAGACGUCCAUUGGUCUUGCAGUUAAUCAACUCAAACACAGAAUAUGCCGAGUUCAUUCAUCAGAAGAAUAAGAAGUAUGUGGACUUUGAUCAAGUACGGAAAGAGAUUGAGGCGGAGACAGACCGUGUUACCGGUAGCAACAAGGGCAUCUCCAACAUUCCAAUCAACCUGAGGGUCUACUCACCACACGUCUUGAACCUGACACUGAUCGACCUGCCGGGCCUGACAAAGGUUCCUGUCGGUGACCAGCCAGCCGACAUCGAGGCACAGAUCCGCAACAUGCUCCUGGAGUUCAUCACAAAGGAAAGCUGCCUCAUUCUGGCAGUGAGUCCGGCUAACUCGGAUCUCGCAAACUCAGACGCUCUGAAGAUCGCCAAAGAAGUAGACCCUGGCGGACUGCGCACCAUUGGUGUGAUCACUAAACUUGACCUGAUGGAUGAUGGCACAGAUGCUAGGGAGAUCCUUGAGAACAAGCUUCUACCAUUGCGCAGAGGCUACAUCGGUGUAGUCAACCGCAGCCAGAGAGACAUCGAGGGCAAGAAGGAUAUCCGUGCUGCGCUGGCUGCAGAGAGGAAGUACUUCCUGAGUAGCCCUGCGUACCGACACAUGGCAGACCGUAUGGGAACACCUUUCCUACAGAGAAUUUUGAAUCAGCAACUGACCAAUCAUAUUCGAGAUACACUGCCUGCGUUGAGGAACCGUCUUCAGACACAGUUACUCUCCCUGGAGAAGGAUGUGGAGGAGUUUAAAAACUUCCGACCCGACGAUCCUGCAAGAAAAACAAAGGCUAUGAUGCAGAUGGUUCAGACGUUUGGCACAGACUUUGAGAAGAACAUAGAGGGCUCUGGGGACCAGAUAAACAUGAAGGAGCUGUCUGGGGGAGCCAAGAUCAACCGCAUCUUCUUUGAACGAUUCCCUUUUGAGCUUGUCAAGAUGGAAUUCGAUGAAAAAGAGCUCCGACGUGAAAUCAGUUACGCCAUUAAAAACAUUCACGGUAUUCGAUCAGGCCUGUUCACCCCAGACAUGGCCUUUGAGGCAAUUGUGAAGAAACAGGUGGAGAAGUUGCGCAAUCCGUCGAUAAAAUGCUGCGAUAUGGUCAUCGGUGAACUCACAACUGUUAUACGAAAGUGCACUGAAAAGAUGAACCGGUAUCCACGGCUACGAGAGGAGACUGAGCGAAUAGUGAAUUCCAGCGUGAGAGAUCGCGAGUCCAGAUGUAAAGAUCAGCUUAUGCUUCUUGUGGAUAUACAGCUCGCCUAUAUGAACACAAACCAUGAGGACUUUAUAGGCUUUGCUAACAAUAAUCGCCAUGAGUCACAAUAUGCUCAGCAAAAAUCAGACAACACAUCAAAGAGAAAAAUAGGAAAUCAAGUUAUCCGUAAAGGUUGGCUGACACUCCAUAAUAUAAGUUUCAUGAAGGGCGGUUCCAAGGAGUUCUGGUUCGUUCUCACGGCCGAGAGUUUGGCCUGGUUUAAGGACGAGGAGGAACGAGAGAAACGCUUUAUGUUGCCAUUAGACGGUUUACUAGUAUCUGAACCAGAUAACAGUGGGCUGUUUUCUAGAAAAUAUGCUUUUCAAUUAUUUAAUCCAACCACAAGAAACGUGUACAAAGACUACAAGCAGCUGGAGCUGUCAGCAGAGAGCCAAGAUGAGGUGGACAGCUGGAAGGCCUCGUUCCUGCGCGCAGGAGUCUACCCGGACAGAUCUCAGGAAAACAACAGUGACGACAAGUCGAAGGAUGACCUGGGCUCCAUGGAUCCCCAACUAGAGAGGCAGGUGGAGACAAUUCGUAACCUGGUCGACUCUUACACGAAGAUAGUAGGGAAAACCCAGCGGGACCUUGUACCAAAAACAAUCAUGCACUUGAUUGUCAACAAUGUGAAGGAGUUUAUUGGCGCUGACCUGAUGGCUCACCUGUACUCGACAUGCGACCAGAACUCGAUGAUGGAGGAGUCACCAGAGGAAACGAUGCGCCGGGAGGAGCUGCUCCGCAUGUACCACGCCACCAAGGAGGCUCUGCAGAUCAUUGGAGACGUUUCCGUGUCAACCGUGUCCACUCCUGUACCGCCUCCCGUGGACAACGAGUGGCUCGAGCCUACCGACCCUGUCAACGGAGCUGGGGGUUAUGCUGGUCGCCCGUCGUCGCCCAAACCAGGCCGUGCCCCUGCUCCCCCACUGCCAACCCGGCCAGGCAGUGCCACCAUUCUGCAGCCACAACCGGCAGGCUUGCCCAACCGGCCCGCACCCGGUAUCCCUAACAGACCAGCGCCCGGGGCCCCUGCUGCACCAGCUAUCCCCACGUCGACAACCUCUGUCAACAAAUUCGGUUCUGUGUCAAGACGCGGUGGUGCCCAGCCAGCUGGUCCGGGCCCUGCCAAUGCCCCCAGAAUUCCAGACCGACCCUCAGUCCCGUCUCGACCAAACUAAAUGAAACCCCGUCAUCAUAUAUC